CUUGCUUAUGUGGAAUGGUUCACAUCUUUCCAGCAACCUGAAGCACACCAUGGCAUGAUGAGCUGUACAAAAUUUGCCAGCGUCUCGGACAUCCGCAGGGACGUUCAUCUUUUUCCAAAUUUCGGUGCAGUAGCACCUCGUGAAUGGACGGGUAGUACCGUUCUGGAGCUCUGUUCCAGCUUCUUUGUAAACUUGUUCAGUGAGCGACACACUUAUUUAACUAUUGUGUGA